UUGUGCGGCGCGCCCAGGCCUGGCUCCCGCUAGCCGGCGCCACGCACUGGCCGGCCCGGCCGGGGACAGUCGGGAAGGCGGCGCCGGUGGUGGGGCGGGGGCCUCCCGAAGUCGGUUUCGGGCCGCCACCAGCGCUGGCACUGGGCACAGAGGGCUGCGCGCGGCGCACUCCAUGCCCGGGCACCGCACCGGGCUUGUCUCGGUAUCUGCCAUUCUGCCCUAGCCAGGAAAACCCGGCGCCUUCCAGGCCCUUCGAAAGAUGGAUUCUGUUGACGUAUCUGGCGGCCCUGGCGAGCCGGGUGGAAAGUUGGGUUUUGCCAGAUCGUGUUGGGAUCCUCUUUGUGCUGCUCAGCGAGUCCCGCAUCCCGCCGAAGCAGGGCCACGUGGCACCAGAGCCAAGUGAUGGACAACCUGCAGUCCCAGAACCUCUCUAUGGACAUGACUGACUCCUCUCCCACUUUGGCCAAUAACAGACUGGAGAAUGGCAUGGCCCAGCUGAUAACUACCGAGGCUUGGAACAUCAACUCCACUGACCUGGUCAAGAAGGCCCUGGUGUCCGUGCCAACCCCAUCUAUUCUGAACCCCCCAGCUGAGUCUCAGAGUGGCAUGGCUCUGAAGGUAGCAGCCACUGUGCUGCAGCCCCUGUGCCUCGGGGAAAGCCCCGUGGUGAUGCCCAUUCACAUGCAGGUGGAGGGAAGCUCUGCGCAGGAGCUCAACCCCAACGGCAAUGCCACCUACGUGAUGACGACACAAGGCCCCGUACAGCUGCCAGUGGUGUUAGAGCAGCAUGUUUUCCAGCACCUCAACUCCCCCCUGGUGCUGCCACAGGAGGCCCCAUGCUCCUCCAAUGCUAUCCACAACAACCUCUUCCAGGGGGCCGAGGACUCCGAGGCCCAGCCUCAGCUCCUGGACCUGCGGAUCCCAAGCCAGCCGCAGGAGCCCACAUUGCCAUUUGAAGCUGUGCUCCAGAAUUUAUUCCCCACCCAAGGCUCUCUGGGCCCUCCACCUUGCCAGCCUCCUCCUGGCUAUGCUCCAGUGCCUCCGCAGCCCUUUAACUCUCCCUUGUCCCCCUUGGUCCCACCAGCUACCCUCUUGGUGCCCUAUCCUGUGAUUGUCCCCUUGCCGGUGCCAGUGCCCAUCCCCAUCCCUGUCCCAGUGCCUCAGAGUUCUGAAUCCAAGUUCAGCCCCAGUUUCCCCAAGCCACCAUCUUCCUUCAGCCUGCACUCCUUCAAAGGUACCCAGACCACCCUGGAAAAGGAUGAACUGAAGCCCCUAGACAUCCUCCAGCCAAAAGAGUAUUUCCAGCUCAGCCGCCACACAGUCAUCAAGAUGGGGAGUGAGAACGAGGCACUGGAUCUCUCCAUGAAGUCAGUACCCUGGCUCAAGGCUAGCGAAGCUAGCCCCCCAGUCUUCCAAGAGGAUGCAGCCCUAGACCUGUCCCUGGCAGCCCACCGAAAGGCCGAGGCUUCCCCAGAGACACUGUAUGACAGCAGCAGCGUGUCAGCAGGCAGCCAGGGUCACACUGCGCUGGAGAAACUUCCUAGCAGUAUGGACAUGACCUUUGCCCCUGCCAAGUCUCGUGAGGCCACGGCCAUGAUGGAUAACCACAUCAACGGCAGCAAUGGCACUGAAUUGGUCAGCCAGUCCAGCCACCCUGGCAGUGAGGUGAAGGCUGAAAAUAACAUUGAGAUUGUAAGUGAGCCCCAGGCAGCCAAGGUCAUUGUCUCAGUUGAAGACACUGUGCCUACCAUCUUCUGUGGCAAGAUUAAAGGCCUCUCAGGGGUAUCCACCAAAAACUUCUCCUUCAAAAGAGAAGACUCUGUGCUUCAGGGUUAUGACAUCAACAGCCAAGGAGAAGAUUCCCUGGGAAAUGCCGAGCCCCUUAGGAAACCCAUCAAAAACCGGAGCAUAAAGUUAAAGAAAGUGAACUCCCAGGAAAUACACAUGCUCCCAAUUAAAAAACAACGGCUGGCCACCUUUUUUCCGAGAAAGUAAAUAAGGGCUUUAAAACACUUUUAUGAUUAGGACAUGGGGAAAGGUGCAUUGGUUUUUUAAAAAGUCAUCUAAAACAAAUUAUCUUUGUUAAUUAUUUUGGGGUGUAGGUGGGAGGCAGAAAGGCAAAUUAGCUAGAAUCAUUUUCUUUUUUAAUUUUUGACUUUUCACAAAUGAGUAAAUAAGAGCAACCUAUUUUUCAAGCAGAUUGCACAUUUUUUUGCAGCUUUAAUGGAAUAUUGGGUGAAUCAGAGGGGUAAAAGCUAUUUUCAUUGCCACAAAGUGCUUUGAUGAUGUAAUACCUAAUAAAGGGUAGGAUGAAUAUUUCACAAUAAACG